AAUGAGAAUUUUAAUUUUAAUUCCAAUUAAUUUCCAAUUGUUUUCCUGUUUUAAUUAUUCUCUUAACUAAUUGAUCAUUUUUAUUCUUCAAUUUUAAUCAAUUAUUUGUAUCGAAUUUGGUGCUGGUUAGGUUACCCAAGAAGUAACAAUAUGUUCCUUUGGAUGAGACAAUAAAAAUUACGAAAGUAACAUAGGCUUAAUUGUUUUAAAAUUCUAUUGAUGAUUACGACCCUGUUUCCUUUCACCAGUGCUUUUAAUUCAUUCUUUUAUUCUUCCUGGUGGUUGAUUCUAUGAAUUUGCCAACAACCGUUAUUGCGACUCCAUCGUCAUAAUAUAUAAUAAACAAUGUUCAUCUAUUGAUAAUCCAUAAAUUGAAGCCAAUUACACCAUAUCUUAUAAUUAUUACUCCACAAAAUUUGAUUCCUUUACCCUAUCAUCUGAUUUUUCAAUGGACUGUAACUGACCUCAUCGAGAUAAAUGUUCAACCAAUAGGAAUUAGGUGAUCUAUUCUCUUUUUUUUCCUCAUAUUCUAGUGCAUUAGAUUUACCAGCUUACCAAGAAAGGAUAAUCUACCAUAAUCCAUCGUAACUAUCGUCAGAAUGACCGCAAAUGGUCAAUCUUCAAGUGAAACUAUUGGUUGUGAUACUGAAAGUAAACCUGUCAUGAAUAAAUUCAUUAACGAUGGAUCUUUUCUGGAGACAUUUAAGAAGAUGCAACAAGAGCAGCAAUUAAAGUCGCAACAAUUGAAUUUAAAAGCCUUAAAGACAGAAUCAGCUGAUGGAAAAGAAUCAAUUAAUCAUACUAACUCUAAUCAAGAAAAAGAAUUAGUUAAAAAAGAAGAGCAAACAAUUAUUAAUUCACCAAAUGAAGAUUUGUCUAAAUCAUCUUCAUCUUCAUCUUCAUCCAAAGUUAUAUUGGGUAAACGACGAAAUCAAAAAUUAAAAGUUGGCAUAAUUAAACGUAAUCGACAAGAAAUCGAAUCCAAUGACGAUAAUCAAGACGCUUGGACGAAAUAUAUGAGAGAGGUCAGAGAAUACAAAGAAAAGUAUGGCGAUGAUUCCGAUAAGAAACGACCAUUGGUCAAGUAAAUCGUUAACCCACAAUCUCAUCAAUUGUUAAUUGAAGACCAACUUCUUGCCAUCAUUUAACCAUAAACAUCAUCUCUGGUUUAAUUAUCAACAAAUGACUGCUCAUCGAUUGGUAUCAUCUCAAGUGCAUAACAAUUAACAAUUGAUUUUAAAUUGUGCAGUUGAUUAUUGUUUUAAAUGAUAAACACAAUAACUAUCUAACCAAAACUGAUGAGGAAAAAAAAAGACUGGGAUAAUUACUUUUAGGUUAAAAUCCAUUGUGAGCCUGUUAAUCAACCAGCAAUUGAUUGAUUAGGAAUAAAAUCCUAGAAUCCUUUAAAUCCUUGUAAUGCAAAUUUUAGUCAAUUUCAUCCCAAAUUCAUAACUAUUAAUAGAUUGAUAGAUUAUAACUUCCAUAUUUAAUCCUCCUUUUUAAUUGUAAAUUAUCUUGUGCAAUCAAUUGUAAUUUUAAGUCAUUUCUGAUUGUUUUUAUCAACUUUUUAAACUCCAUUAAAAUAUAUUGCGAGAAAUGAUCAAAUGUUUAGUAAACAAAAAUAAAGACAAUUGAUCAUUUUUGGCUCAAUCAUUUCAAUGAUAA